GCUCGAGAUGUAGCUGGGAUGAAAACUUCAGUUCACAGAGAAAUUCAAUGGGAAGUUGAACGUCCACCAUGGAGCUCCUGUGAAAAGUGCCGAAAGUGUUUGUAGUAAAGCGACUGGAGACUGCAGGAUCCUUUCUUUAACGUUUCUCGGUCGAAAACUAUUCAUUGAGUAGAAGAUGAUGUCUGACGCCAGCGAGAUGUUGGCAGCAGCAUUGGAGCAAAUGGAUGGCAUCAUAGCAGGCUCCAAGGCCAUGGACUACUCCAAUGGGCUGUUUGACUGCCAGUCGCCCACUUCACCUUUCUUGGGUGGCCUUCGGGUGCUGCACCUGCUGGAGGACCUGCGGGGAGUGCUGGAGCUCAUGGACAACGAGGAGAGGGACAACCUGCGAUGUCAGAUUCCUGAUUCCACCGCAGAGGGGCUGGCAGAAUGGCUGCAGGGACGAUUGACUAACGGCCACAGCUCAGAAGCAGUCUACCAAGAACGUCUGUCACGACUGGAGAGUGACAAAGAGUGUCUUAUUCUUCAGGUAAGUGUUCUAACAGACCAGGUGGAGGUGCAAGGUGAAAAGAUACGGGACCUAGACACCUGUCUGGAGCAUCAUCGGGAGAAACUAAAUGCUACUGAGGAGCUGUUGCAACAGGAGCUGUUGAACCGGACAGCGCUGGAGACCCAGAAGCUGGAGCUGAUGACCGAGGUGUCCAGUCUGAAGCUGAAGCUGACGGCUGUGGAGAGAGAUCACAGGGACAGUGAGGGCUUGUACCAGGAAGUAACGGACCUGCGGUUCAGAGUGACUGACAUAGAGAAUGAAAGACUGCAGUGUGAGAAGAAACUCAAAGCUACCAAACGUCCAAAGUGGAACACUGAGCGGUUCACUGGCGAUGAGGAUGAGCUGCAGCUCCUGCAGAGGCAGCUGGAGGAACGAGAGCUGGAGCUGAGGAGGCUGAAGGACGAGAGCAGACUGAAGGUGGAGGGCCACAACAGGGCUGAUGGAGGAGAGAGAGAUACAGAAGUGUUGAAGAUGAAGAGGGUGUUGGAGACACUGGCGUCAGCCAACGAUGACAAGGAGCAGAGGAUAAAAGAGCUGGAGGAGUCACUUGCAAAGUGCAAGAAAGUGCAGGAGCUGGUCAAAGAGAAGUUGAAGGAAGACGACUAUGAUGAUAUCCCAGAUGAUCCCGCAGUUCCUGUGUCCAUGGAGGUGGAUCAGAUCACCCUGGCGCUGGUGGGGGAGGCAGGAAGGAGCUCUGGCGAGUCUAUUCCAUGUAUAGCAGUGCUUUCUGAAAUGAAUGACCUGGACAGAGAACGACAGUUAAAGGCGACAGCUGAAAGUUCCUUGGACGUCCCACAGCCGGGCAGCUCAGCCAUAACCAGCAGCACUGACCAGGCCAAAAAUAAAGUAGGACCUGGUUCCUCACCUCCUACCAAAGCAAACACUACAAGUGAUGAGAGUUUUGGCACCAAGAAGGCCCGUUCUUCUUUCGGACGUGGCUUCUUCAAGCUGCGUGGAGGCAAACAGGCAGCCAGCACUCCAAACCUGGCUGAGGCAGAACGUAAAGGCACAGAGCACCUGGACUUGGCCGGCGUUCCUCCACGAAAAUCCCAUGAUGGAGCUCCUCUGCCGUCCUCACCUGAAACCAAAAAGAAGUCCAAAGGCUUCAGGAAAUUCUUUGGCAGACUAAAGAGGAGUCACUCUACCUCCUUCAACCUUGAUGAUGCAGAGAUGGAGUUCAGGAGGGGCGGAGUCAGAGCCACAGCCGGCCCUCGACUCGGCUGGUCGCGUGAAUCUAAACACAAUGUUGUUGAUGUUCCUUUCUCACGGUGGAGUAAAGAUGAUGUUUGUGCGUGGCUGCAUGAGCAGGGCCUCGGGUUAUAUGUUGCCCAGGGACAGAGCUGGAUCAAAUCAGGACAAACACUACUGCAGGCAUCCCAACAUGAUCUGGAGAAGGAGUUGUGCAUGAAGCAGCCUCUCCACAGGAAGAAGUUGCAGCUGGCUCUGCAGGCUCUCGGGUCAGAGGAGGACGAUCUCAAGGGCAAACUGGACCACAACUGGGUGACCAGGUGGCUGGAUGACAUUGGCCUCCCGCAGUACAAAAGUCACUUUGAUGAGGCUCGUGUUGACGGACGCAUGCUGCACUACAUGACGGUGGAGGACUUGCUGUCUCUGAAGGUGGGCAGUGUUCUCCAUCAUCUCAGCAUCAAGAGGGCCAUUCAGGUCCUCCGCCUCAACUCCUACGAACCCAACUGUCUUAGGCGACGACCCUCUGAUGAGAACAAUAUCACACCAGCAGAGAUCUCCCAGUGGACCAACCACAGAGUGAUGGAGUGGCUCCGGUCUGUGGAUUUGGCAGAAUACGCUCCAAAUCUGAGGGGCAGUGGUGUUCAUGGAGGGCUGAUGGUGUUGGAGCCUCGCUUCAACGUGGAAGCUCUCGCCCUUCUGCUCAACAUUCCUCCCAACAAAACCCUGCUGAGACGCCACCUGGCAACACAUUUCCACCUGCUUAUCGGCUCUGAGGCGCAGCGGCUCAAACAGGACUGUCUGGAAAACCCAGACUACAAUGUCCUCACCGCCACUGCCAAGGUCAAGCCCAGACGCCUAUCAUUCGGUGGUUUCGGCACUUUAAGGAAGAAACGUCAGGAUGAUGGUGAGGAGUACGUUUGUCCCAUGAAUGUGGAAAUGCCCAAGAGCAGCAGCUUCCAGAGGGGCGUCCAGAUCUAUGAGGAAAACCUGGACCACCUGGAACAGAUGGAAGACUCUGAAGGGACUGUUAGACAGAUAGGAGCAUUUUCUGAGGGAAUCAACAAUCUGACGAGCAUGCUGAAGGACGACAAGUUUUUUCCGCAGAUCUCUGUCUGCCCUCCAGAAGACGACGCGGCAGAAACCAUAGAUAACUCUGGUGUUUGAGAUGCUGUGGCAACACUUUGUAGUAGAACAUGUGAGAUGUUUUUACAGUAUCUUUCAUGACCAUAUUUAUUGAAGCUGUCCAAAAUAUAGUGCAUGAACUGAAAAUGCAAGAUUUUAUUAUUCAAGCAUUUGUUUUGUUUUUUCUCCCUCAGCUGCGUUUCUUAGUGUAGUAAGAUUAAUUUUUGUGGUACGUUAAGUUCCUUCAAAUUACAGCCCCACUCCAAUACUAUGGAAUUAUGUAUGUGGCGCUCACAUUAUUGAAAAUGUACAAUUAAAUUUAUUUUUUACUGCAGUGUUUAAGUGUCCCUGUUACACUGUACAUAGACCUCACUGAACAGCUGAUUAGUAUGUAUCAUCCAUCCAGGACCCUGUUUCUGUACAGAUGUUGAGGUCCCACACUCAAAGAAUAGUUUGACAUUUUGGUGAAAAGACUGAUAAGUUUUUCCAUCUGCGUUUAGUCUUUGUUAAGCUAUUGAUCCUCUCAUUUAACUCUUAGCAUGACUGGAAGUAAACAUGGAAACCAAAGUCAUUUUUAAGUUUUUUUUGAUAAAAUGCAUCUCCCUUAAACUGCUCAGGGAGAUGAUACAGUUAUAAUCAAACACUUGUAAAUUAUUUACGGGUUUGACAGAGUCCUAUAGAGCAAUCCUAACACAAAAUAGCAAAGCAUCAAAAAUUCAAUAGCAAUAGAUUUUUAUGUUGCAGCAAAGACAUCUUAUCAGUAACAUCACGUUUUAGCAAAAUAUUGACAUCUUUGACGUCACAAUAGAUAACUCUAAACACAUUCUCAACAGCAGUAAUGGAAUAAUUAAUACAGUUCUGUAUAGAUUAAGCAAGUGGCCACAAUUCUUUUAACUGUGCAUAAAAAAGCUUUGCAAAGUGUUAAGGCACUCAGAAAACAGCCAGUGAACUUCAACUCCUGAUACUGAAACCAAAAUGAGGCCAUAGCACAACAGUAGGGAGUGUUUGCGACAGAUUAAGACUCACAUCCUCAUUUCCAAGCCAACAGUCUGAACAUCCGUUCUCCAUCAGAAACAUCCUCUACAUACUCGUCAAGCUCAUAUUAACCAUUUCCUGCCCUUCCAUGACACUUACUCAUUACAAGAACUGGUCUGUGCUGUUGCAUGAUAAAUAUGGUGUAAAUAUAGUGCAAUACCCACUGCAACUGUACGAGUGCUUUAAUGCUUUCAGGGUAUAGAAAAUAAUAACUGGACGCCCUUAUAUGCCCAAACCUCAACUCCUCGGUGUGGACGGACAUCUAGAAGUUGAACGUGCGGCUACUGGAGUGGCCGACUUUGUCCAGGUUGGGGUUGCAGGCGAACUGGAUCAUAGGCGGAGGUCCACACAUCAGGAUGAGAGUGUCGUCACUGGGAGGCGGCAGGUGUUCCCUCACCAUGUCUUCACUGAUGAAGCCUUGGCUGUACUCCCAGUCUGAAACACAGAAAAGGCCCCGUUAAACUUUCCAUCCAAUUGUAUCAUUCAAGGCCUCAUUUAACAUAGUGUAACCUAAAGUGGGUGCUGCAAGAUUUUACAACAUUUACAUUAACCAAGUUUUAUGUUAUCAAAACAGAAGAAAACAAAUAAUCACUACAUUAGAAACUUUUUUUAAAUGCCGCAGCUUAUGACAACUCAGCCAGUUGUCAUAGUAACAGAGUAAAGAGAGCUCAAAGGAGCGCUGAUCUCAGCCAAAAAAAAACCUACUCUAACAGCACGAUGGAUAUCCAUUUACUGUGGUAUUACACGUUCCCAACAUCAUAUGUUUACAUGUGUGAUCUGGCCCUCUCAUCCCUGGAGUCCCAGUUAAAUGCCUGCAGCCUUGUUUUGUUUGUCCUUGUUCACAUCAAAUAUGAGCCAAUUUUAAUUCAGAAGAAAAUGAAAUAAACACAUUGAACAUCA